CCGACGCGCCGGCGGCGGCUGGGGUUCCAGCUCUGCUCCUGCUGCAGUUGCCUCACCGCCCGCUCCGCUUGGCUCCGAUUUCGGCCCCAGCCACUUCGGGGCUGCUCGCCCAGGCCUGGGUCCCAGCCCCGCAGACCAUGCCCUGGGCAUCCUCCGGGGAACCCAGCUGGGCAGAGAGCCUGAAAAGACGAAGCUCCCGGGCCGGGGCCCCACCCUGCCGCCCUGCUCUCAGCCCUUGCUCUACCCCGCGUCCCGGCGCUGCGUGAGCCUGCGGGGUCAUGGAGCGCUCGCCACCCGACGGGCUGCUGAACGCGUCGGGGGCGCUGGCGGGCGAAGCGGCAGCGGCGGGCGGGGCGCGCGGCUUCUCCGCCGCUUGGACCGCGGUGCUCGCCGCGCUCAUGGCGCUGCUUAUCGUGGCCACGGUGCUGGGCAACGCUCUGGUCAUGCUUGCCUUCGUGGCCGACUCAAGCCUCCGCACCCAGAACAACUUCUUUCUGCUCAACCUCGCCAUCUCCGACUUCCUCGUGGGUGCCUUCUGCAUCCCACUGUAUGUGCCCUACGUGCUGACUGGCCGCUGGAGCUUCGGCCGGGGCCUCUGCAAGCUGUGGUUGGUGGUAGAUUACCUGCUGUGCACCUCCUCAGUCUUCAACAUUGUGCUCAUCAGCUAUGACCGCUUCCUGUCAGUCACCAGAGCUGUCUCAUAUCGGGCCCAGCAGGGCGACACCCGGCGGGCAGUGCGGAAGAUGGCCCUGGUGUGGGUGCUGGCCUUCCUGCUGUACGGGCCGGCCAUCUUGAGCUGGGAGUACCUGUCUGGUGGCAGCUCCAUCCCCGAGGGCCACUGCUAUGCCGAGUUCUUCUACAACUGGUACUUCCUCAUCACAGCCUCCACGCUCGAGUUCUUCACGCCCUUCCUUAGCGUCACCUUCUUCAACCUCAGCAUCUACCUGAACAUCCAGAGGCGCACCCGCCUCCGCCUGGACGGCGCCCGUGAGGCUGGCCCCGAGCCCCCACCAGAGGCCCAGUCCUCGCCACCCCCACCUGCACCCAGCUGCUGGGGCUGCUGGCCCAGGGGGCAUGGGGAGGCUGUGCCCCUGAACAGGUAUGGUGUGGGCGAGGCCGGCCCUGGCGGCGAGGCUGGGGAGGCUGCCCUUGGCGGAGGCAGUGGGGGCGCUGCGGCCUCCCCCACCUCCAGCUCGGGCAGCUCCUCAAGGGGCAACGAGAGACCACGCUCGCUCAAGAGGGGCUCCAAGCCGUCUGCGUCCUCAGCAUCGCUGGAGAAGCGCAUGAAGAUGGUAUCCCAGAGCAUCACUCAGCGCUUCCGGCUCUCGCGGGACAAGAAGGUGGCCAAAUCCCUGGCCAUCAUCGUGAGCAUCUUCGGGCUCUGCUGGGCCCCAUACACACUUCUGAUGAUCAUCCGAGCCGCCUGCCACGGCCACUGCAUCCCCGACUACUGGUAUGAGACUUCCUUCUGGCUCCUGUGGGCCAACUCGGCCGUGAACCCCGUGCUCUACCCGCUGUGCCACUACAGCUUCCGCCGGGCCUUCACCAAGCUGCUCUGCCCCCAGAAGCUCAAGGUGCAGCCGCACGGCUCCCUGGAGCAGUGCUGGAAGUGAGCCAGCCCACCGGGCCCCUCGCUGCUCCCCUUGUAGGCUGUUUCCUGGGCAGCUGGGCCCACUGACCCUGCCUGGCUCACCCCCAGAUGUGAGCCAUGCCUUGUCCGUGGCCUGUCCGAAACGCCAUGGCAACCUCCUCUAGACUGUCUGCCCUGGGGUGCCCUGGUGGGCUGGCCGGGGCCCCUCAAGGGCUAAACUGCCACCACCUCUUGCUUCACUCCAGGAGGGCUCCAGAUGUGCUGUUCAAUCCCACGGACAGCGUGGGGGCCCAGUGGCCCGUGGUGUCCACCCUUUGCACACUUGGUGGUUACUGGGUGUGUGCUCCAGCCCCUGCCCUCAGUGUGCCCCUGCACGUGCACAUGCCUGCACACGCCUGCACUACCCCCAGGCGAGCUGGGCCUGCCUUUGCCGCGUCUGUCUUGCUCAAGCCCAGAGCCUGGCUCCUUCAGCCCUUCCCUCCAGCUCUCUGCCCCGCCACGUGUCAGGUGCCCCAGGAACCUCGAAGCCGUUCUCCACUUUCCCAUUCUGGGUGUUUUCAGGAAGAUGAAGAAAACACGUCUGUGAACUUGAUGUUCCUUGGAUGUUUAAUCAAGAAAGACAAAAUUGCCGAGGAGCUCAGGGCUGGAUUGGCAGGUGUGGGCUCCCACGCCCUCCUCCCUCUGCUGCGGCUUCCGGCUGAGCUGUGCCAGCUGCUUCUGCCUGCCCCGCCCCUGGGCUCAGGAGCUGCUCGGACUGGUGGCUCUGAGAGUGGCCAGAGCCAUGAGGCCUGCUGGGCGGGCCGGAGCCUGCCCCACCCGUCCCAUCUCCUCAACCAGGUUCUUGGGGUUGUGGGUACAGGGUCCAAAGGCUGGCAGGAGUAGUCGGCAGAAGACCAGCCGCCUUGCCACAUCCCAUGCUCCUGCUUCAGGUGCUCCGCACGUCCCGCUCGCUCUCCUGUGCCCACUGCACUGCCCCUGCCAGCGUG